UUUCCUGAAGCCAUUUCUCGACGGGCUAAAACGAGAGUUGCGCUACUUUCUAAUCCAUUGCAUCUGCCUAAAUGCACGUACACGAGGCCAAAUACUUUUCGAAAGUCGAUGAUUCAGACUUUUAUCUUCGCUUUGGUCUGAUUAUUUUUGUAACAAUUGCGCUGGAUUAGCAAGCGGAGCGGCUUGAAAGUGUCGAGACAAGAAAAGGGGCUACCCGAGAACAAGAUGAGAAGAGGGAUCUCUUCGGCUCCGGACAAAGUGAUUUUAGCGGGCGUUGGGGGCUCCCAUUUAGACAAUAAUAUCAUUUUGACAGCGCUCUCGGAUCGUUUAAACCCUGUACAAGGCAACGCUACUUAUAUCCAAAUAAUAACGACACCGCCGCCUUGCAACGUUACCCAGACCUCCAAUGUAUGUUUAUCCGAGCCCUCGAUAAACAACAUUUACACAACACCCCAACAAGCUGCAGCAAAUGGAACAGGACAUCGACCCGCAUUGGGGAGACCACCGGCCAAAAGGCGACUGGCUCUUGACGAUUCAGACCACCAGUACCAGUCGGAACCACCAAGGACUCCAAGAGGCAGAGCUACAAUAGCCAAUGGAGCACAUUUAAAAACACCGAAAACGCCCAAGUCUCCGCCAGAGAGGACGCGGUAUGACACGUCCCUGGGCCUCCUAACAAAGAAGUUUGUGGACCUGCUCGCUCAGUCUGUUGAUGGGGUUUUGGACCUAAACAUUGCUGCGGAAACGUUGCAGGUGCAGAAAAGAAGGCUGUAUGACAUCACUAAUGUACUUGAGGGCAUUCACCUCAUCAAGAAGAAAUCAAAGAACAACAUUCAAUGGAUGGGCUGUAGUCUGUUGGAGGUUGAGGGCUCACUGAACCAGAGACAAAGACUGACGGCAGAAGUUACUGCACUGGCGGAAGAAGAGCGCAGACUCGAGCAGCUCAUCCAAAGAUGCAGCCUGGAUGCGAAGCACAUGAGCGAGUUGCCGAGCAAUGAGAAAUUUGCUUAUGUCACAUAUGAAGACAUCAAUCAGAUCGGGGACCUUCAUGAUCAGACUGUUAUUGUUAUCAAAGCGCCCACAGACACGAAGCUAGAAGUAUCGGACCCUGAUGAGAGUCUAUCCAUCCAUUUGACCAGUACCAGAGGUCCUAUAGAGGUUCUGUUGUGUCCAGACGAGAAUGAUCACAGUAGUCCGGUGAAGAAUGGCGGCAUGGACAUCAAUGGGAACUCGCCUUUCCUCAAAGUCCCUCAAGAGCCCACCGUCCCGACAACGUCCACUGGCACCUCCGCCACCGUGUCCGUCACGACUCUCUCGCCCAUCUCGUCACAGUACACCAGUCUUCUCCAGCAAACGGAAGACCAGAUGCCCUCAUCGCUGGGGCCCUUUUUGAACCUGGGGCCACCUCUUCUAGAGCAAGAUGACUACCUGUUGAGUUUGGGAGAUGACCAGGGAAUCAGCGACCUGUUUGACACCUGUGACUUUGAUAGGAUGCCAUCGCUCGGCCUGGACGACCUCCUGGGCAGCUAGUGCUCGCUGAUGCAGAUCCGAAUCAGUGAGCUGAAGACGCGGUGAGCUUGGAGGCUGACUUUGUAGUUAGUACAAGUCAAUCCUUAAUACAAGCAGGUUCAACAAAAAGGGCUGUUUUUCCCUCCAGUUCCCAGACAGACUAAAAUGCCACGUGUACUCGUGGUGUCCCAAAAACAGAUUCAGGUGAAGAUGUCCCAUCUCAGGCUCUGGGAGGACUCCUGUGACGCUUAAGGGAGAUACUAGGUACUUAAAAUGCUUUAAGAGAAAUAUUAGCCUUUGUAAAUGAUUCGAGUCAGACCGGCAUCAACAGAAGACACCACUUGGGUUGUGAAGGGAAGCUAGGAAAGAGUUUUUUUUUUUUUUUUUUUUUUGCCGCAAAAUGAAUGCACAUGUUAAGAUGACCCCUUAACUUGAACUAGAGGGAAGUCAAAGUCAAAAGUUUUUACAAUGUUGUAUGCGGUCCCUCUAGUCAAAUCAGUAUUCUGAUUAAUAUUGCGUUUGUGGAAGCCACCCGUUUUUAUUCAUCUCAAGAGUUUUGCCACUGUUCACUUGCUUUGGUCGUGUAAUGUUCACAAGCUGAGCCCUUACGCACUGUGGGGUCAUUUUCAGUGAACAGCAAGUAGCAACAAUCGAUGGGUGGGUGAAUUUUGCUGCUUAAUUCAUAAUCCACAAAUCAGUAUUAAUCAGAAUACCAUGUUUGAACUGGUGGGUGCAUAGACUAUAUUGUAAAACAAAUUCAAUUUCCUCUAGAAUUUUAUGUCAAUUUGGAUCUUCAACAAUACUUUUUGGAAAUGAAAGUGGUCCCUUGCACCAGUCAUUUCUUAAAUAUAUUAUUAAUACAAUAAAUAUGUCAGCCUUUACAGCCGUCACAUAUUUAUUCUGGUUGACAAAUCUGGCCCUUUUUGGAACAUCUUUAAUCUUAACUGCUAGCCUAAUAAAUUUAAGUAACCUCACCUACACAAUGCUCAUUUGGCUUUGUGUUCCUGUCAUAGUAUCCCAAAGCUCUGUCUGGGACAAAAAGGUGACCAUUGACCACCUUCAUUUGACAUGUUUUCUGCUAAGCAGUAUGACACAUGUCUCGGUGAGUAGUAUUUUUAGGUGAUUUAUUAGGAUGUACUUUUACCGGAUUUUAAAACCGUUAGAAUUAACUAGUAAUAUGUCAAUCGCAAAAAAAAAAAAAGCAACCACAUUGAACAUCAUCCCUCAUUGAACGCCACUGCUCCCUCUCCCUCCCAGUGGCUCAAUAUUUUGGAUGAAGUACUGAAGGUAAAACACAAUUAUCUGAAUCUCAAGCUCGGGAAACCUGCGGCUGCAGGUCGUAUUGCUGCUCUUAGUAUUCCCCCUUUUCCCCCCCGACCCGCUAGUGUGUUUGUGCAAUUGUGCGCGUUGACGUCAGAUCUUGCUUGCUCUAGAGUAAGCCUGCCAUGUGUAAAUGGAUGAAUGAACGGUUUUUCUACAAAUUGUUCGUGCACAAGGUACCGUGGGCUACCUCUCAAAUGAUUGACAAUACAAUAGUAAUUGGGCAUAAGAAUAAAUGUCACCAUUGCUUAUUUUGUCAUGGAGGUUACCUUGGUAUCAGCAGUGAAGCUUUCUUGUACCCGUCUCACUUGUGUCCUAUCUUUAUAUCCAGUAGAGAGUACUUUGGUAUGGACACAUUUAUUGCAGGAGUUAUUUUGUCGUGUGUGUGUGUGCGCGUUGUUUAAUUUUUGUCUUUGCCAUUCAUUAAGCCCAAAUUGUAUAUUCCUUGACUCACUCUCCCUAACUGUGAGCUCUUGAAAUGGCCAUUACAAGACAUGACUGUCUCCACGGGACUGGCAACAGUGACUUCUGUCCACUGCUCAAGUGUCUACCUUUGCUUCUGUGACACUGUGUGUCAGUUUUUAACUAUUUUGGACUUUGCUGUUAUUUUCUUAAUUUUAGUUUUACUUUUUUUUUUUUCCCCCCGUUAAGGUCCAGUCAUCAGUUACCUGUUAAUCCCCCCCCCCCCCCCCCCACCUAAUUUUUUAGAUUAUGAAAAACUCUUUUGUGUUUAUGAAAAGUGGGUAAGACCUUUUCCACAUUUAAUUGUCAAAUCUUUGUGGGAAAAUAUUGUGGAGUAUUAUGGCCAAACUGAAAAUACACUAUGUAUUUAAAAAAUAAAUAAAAUGAGAAUAAAUCAGAGUUCCAAAAAUGAAAACCAUAUUUCAAGGGGCGGGGAACAGGCUGUUAUGCAACUGUCGGAAACACUUGUUUGCUCCAAAAAACGAGCAACACAAAUUGAAGUGGCCUCUUGUGGUGUUUAUUCUGUCAAAUUAAAGUGUUUUAAUAUUUCGUGAAUAUGUAUGACGUGAUUAAUGUAUGGCAGAGCGAGGCGGUGGUAUUUGUGAAAAAUAUUGUCAUCAACCUGUUAGCAAACCUUUGUCAUGUCAUUCUUGUAAAUGUAUGACUUUUUUUAAAUUCUGACUUUACUCUUGUAAACUUUCAACUUUUGUUCUGUUUGUUAUGAUUCUUUUCAGAAUGGCCUUAAUACUCCUUUAUAUACAAGCCAACUUUUCUGGA